AUGGCUGCACUGACGCUCUCCAGAACCGACAACAUUCUCCAUAACUUCUUACAGGAUCGUACUCCGAGCUCCUCCCCGGAGAGUGGCCCCAAUCCGCUGUCAUUCCUGGCCACCACGUGCAGUCAGGCUUGGCAGGUGAGCGGCACCGUGGGCACAGACGGGGCUCCGUUCCCCUAUGAGGGCACAGUGGGGACCACAUCCAGUAUGUUUCAACUCUGGAGCAAUGAGGUAGCCCCCAACUCGAACCUGAGUGCCCAUCAUAUGGCCUUCAGCGUGCCCAAGAUGCAGUUUCCUGGCCAUGUCCAGAAUGGCCUGGGCCCUCACUCGCACCACCACCACCAUCAUCAUCAUCACCACCAUCACCACGAGCUGCCUCUUACCCCUCCAGCCGAACCUUCUGGUUCAUACUCAUUUGAUGUCUCACCGGUAAAAAUGCUGCCAUCACAGGCACAAGGAAACGCUCAGUACUAUGCACAGCACAAUGCUGUUGGUCAGAACUUUCCCAGCUUUCUGCAGAACAAUUCAACCCGAGCCCAUCUGCCUGGAGGGCACAUUGAAGAUAGCCAGCAGUGGUGGAGUCUCCCUCCGAGCAACACCAGCACCUCGAGUCACCCAUUUUCCUUGGGCAGGCAGCUGGUUUUAGGCCACCAGCCUCAGAUUGCUGCUCUGCUGCAAGGCACCUCGAAGAGCCUGCUGAGCUCCACACGCCGCUGCCGCCGGUGUAAGUGCCCGAACUGCCAAUCUGCAGGGAACACCGUCGGCAGCCUAGAGUUUGGCAAAAAAAGACUGCACAUCUGCCACAUCCCAGAGUGCGGCAAGGUGUACAAGAAGACAUCCCAUCUGAAAGCGCACUUGCGCUGGCAUGCCGGCGAGAGGCCAUUCAUUUGCAACUGGCUCUUCUGCGGUAAGAGCUUCACACGUUCGGACGAGCUACAGAGGCACCUGCGCACACACACCGGCGAGAAGCGUUUCGGCUGCACACAGUGUGGCAAGAGGUUCAUGCGCAGUGAUCACCUCUCCAAGCAUGUCAAGACCCACCAGAGCAGGAAGGGUCGAUCCAGCCAACCUUCUCAUGUUGACCCAGAGCUGAGCAACAUUAAGAGGGAGUGAGAGGAAUCCAAGAACUGAAGUGCACAGAUAAUCUUACAACUCUCACAGAGAUGGUCGCUUGAAUAAUCCUCGUGAGAGACAAAGCCAUAUUUAUAGGAGUUCACAGAGUUUCUGAACAUGAAGGUCUAUAAUGAAGGCCACGCUGCUAGUAAACAGGUGAUGGACAAACACUGUAAAAGGGAAAUGUUACUUGUUUUUACAUGGUUUUAGGCAUGCUUGAGAUCUCACUAAUGCUGGUCUCUCUUUGCACAAAGGUAAUUUGUCAGUCUGUUAAUUCACUAACAAUAAGUUAUACAAUCACAAUAUAAAAAUAUUUAUUAAAUCAAUCUGGUC